AUGUCCUCCUAUCUCAACUAUGGGAAGACACGAGGGCAUGCAAGAAAUCCUGUUGGAGAGAAACCUUAUGAAUAUACACAAUGUGAUAAAGCCUUCAUAUGUCAGAGUCAUCUUCAAAACCAUGAAAGAAUUCAAAAUACUGGAGGGAGAACCUACAAAUGUAAUCAGUGUGAUAAAGCCUUUUCACAACCCAGUAAACUUCGAGUACAUAAGAGAUCACAUACUGGAUGGAAACCCUACAAAUGUAAUCAGUGUGGUAAAGCCUUUUCACAACCCAGUAACCUUCAAGUACAUGAGAGAACACAUACUGGACAGAAACCCUAUGAAUGUAUUCAGUGUGGCAAAGCCUUUACAGAACCCAGUAAACUUCGAAUACAUGAGAGAAGACAUACUGUAGAGAAACCCUAUGAAUGUAAUCAGUGUGGUAAAGCCUUUGCAGAUCGCAAUACUUUGCGCUUGCAUAACAGAACACAUACUGGAGAGAAACCCUAUGAAUGUAAUCAAUGUGGUAAAGCCUUUGCACAUCACCAUACUUUGUGUUUGCAUAAAAGAAUGCAUACUGGAGAGAAACCCUAUGAAUGUAACCAGUGUGAUAAAGCCUUUUCGUAUCAGUCUUCUUUGGUCUUACAUAAGAGAACACAUACAGGAGAGAAACCUUAUGUAUGUAAUCAAUGUGGUAAAACCUUUGCACAAAUCUCUCAUCUCCGAACACAUAAAGUAAUGCAUACAGGUGAGAAACCAUUCAAGUGUAAUCAAUGUGAUAAAGCCUAUACACAACAGAGUCAUCUCCGAAUACAUGAAAGAACACAUACUGGAGAGAAACCUUAUAAAUGUAAUCAGUGCAGCAAAUCAUUUGCAUCUCACAGUCAUCUUCAAUCUCAUGAAAGAAUUCAUACUGGAGAGAAACCUUACAAAUGUAAUCAAUGUGAUAAAACAUUUGCACAAAGUUCUAGUCUCCAACUACAUAAAAGAACACAUAGUGGAGAGAAACCAUACAAAUGCAAUCAAUGUGAGAAAGCCUUUUCACAAAGCAGUAGUCUCCAAUUGCAUAAAAGAACACAUACUGGAGAGAAGCCCUAUGAAUGUAAUCAGUGUGGUAAAGCCUUUGCACAGCACCAUACUUUGCGCUUGCAUAAAAGAACACAUUCCGGAGAGAAACCUUUUGAAUGUAAUCAAUGUAAUAAAGCCUUUUCGCAUCAAUCUUCUUUGAUCAUGCAUAAAAGAACACAUACUGGAGAGAAACCUUAUGAAUGUAAUCAGUGUGGUAAAGCCUUUUCACAACAGUCUGCUUUGUGUGUGCAUAAAAGAACACAUACUGGAGAG